UCCCGCCCCGCAGGCGGUACCGGAAGUGGCGGGCUGGGAUCAGCCUUUAAGAUGGCGUCUCCUCAGGGGGGCCAGAUUGCGAUCGCGAUGAGGCUUCGGAACCAGCUCCAGUCAGUGUACAAGAUGGACCCGCUACGGAACGAGGAGGAGGUCCGGGUGAAGAUCAAAGACCUGAAUGAACACAUCGUUUGCUGCCUGUGUGCGGGCUACUUCGUGGAUGCCACCACCAUCACAGAGUGUCUCCACACCUUCUGCAAAAGUUGUAUUGUGAAGUACCUGCAGACCAGCAAGUACUGCCCCAUGUGCAACAUCAAGAUCCACGAGACGCAGCCGCUGCUCAACCUCAAGCUGGAUCGGGUCAUGCAGGACAUAGUCUAUAAACUGGUACCAGGCUUGCAAGACAGUGAAGAGAAACGGAUUCGGGAGUUCUGUCAGUCCCGAGGCUUGGACAGAGUCACCCAGCCCAGUGGGGAAGAGCCAGCCCUGAGCAACCUUGGCCUCCCUUUCAGCAGUUUUGACCACUCUAAAGCCCACUAUUACCGCUAUGAUGAACAGCUGAGCCUAUGCCUGGAGCGGCUGAGUUCUGGCAAAGACAAGAAUAAAAACGUCCUUCAGAACAAAUAUGUCCGAUGCUCUGUUAGAGCUGAGGUACGCCAUCUCCGAGGGGUUCUGUGUCACCGCCUAAUGCUAAAUCCACAACAUGUACAGCUCCUUUUUGACAAUGAGGUUCUCCCUGAUCACAUGACAAUGAAGCAGCUAUGGCUGUCCCGCUGGUUCGGCAAGCCAUCUCCUUUGCUUUUACAAUACAGUGUGAAAGAGAAGAGGAGGUAGGGGCCAGACUUGCUUCCACCCCCUUCCCACCCCUCCCAGAUAUUUAUGUGAAAUUAACUGUGGCUUUAUUUUUUGAAAUAAAAGCUUUUCA